AUGGCAAUCGCAAACAAACAAAUCAUCUACACCCACCCGCCCUCUCCAGCCAUCAACCCCGACCUCUCCAGCAACAAUGGCACCUUCUCCCUCCGCCAAAGCUCCAUCAGUCUACCCAUUCCAACCGACAAACUCCUCGUCCGAAACCACUACCUCUCCCUCGACCCAGCAAUGCGCCAAUGGCUAACCGCCAAACGAUCCUACAUCGCCCCCGUCGAACUCGGCGACGUAAUGCGCAGUUUGGCAAUCGCCCAAAUCGUGGACGUUGGCGAGUCGCUCACCUCGCAAUUCAAAAAAGGGGAGUGGCUGAUUGCUGUCACGGGAUGGCAGGAAUAUGCAUUGUUGGGCGCAAAGGAAGCUGCGAAACAGAGAGCUGUUGUUCCCCCUGGUUGUUCGCCCAUGGACGCCAUGGCGGUGUUGGGUACGACGGGAUUAACGGCUUAUUUUGGUCUGUUGGAAGUCGGUCAGAUGCGAGCCGGUGACACUGUAGUCGUGUCCGGUGCGGCAGGCGCAACGGGUAUGAUUGUGGGACAAAUCGCCAGAAUCAAGGGCGCAAAACGCGUUGUUGGCAUCGCGGGUAGUCCUGAUAAGUGUCGCUUCCUGACAGAAGAACUGGGAUUUGACGUUGCGAUCAAUUACAAGGAUAAAGAUUGGAAAAAACAGCUGCGAGCGGCUUGUCCGGAGUAUAUUGAUGUCUAUUUUGAUAAUGUUGGAGGAGAGAUUUUGGAUGUUUGUUUGGGACUUGCGGCGAAGGAUGCACGGUUUCCGAUUAGCGGGCAUAUCAGUCAGUAUUCGGCGGCGAAACCGGAGGGGCCGAGGAAUAUCAUGAUGUUGAUUGGCCAACGAGUCAUGAUGAAGGGUUUCAUCUAUUUGGAUUAUCACAAAAAAUUCCCCAGUGCUAUAGCCGAUCUCCAGAAAUGGCUGAUCGAAGGCAAGAUCAAGCGGAAAGAGUAUAUAAUCAAAGGUGGUCUCGAGGCUUGUCCACAGGGGUUGGUGGAUAUGUAUGCGGGUGCCAAUACGGGCAAGACGAUGGUGGAAGUGGUGCCCUUUUCAAAGGCGAUUCAAGAGACGCCAGCGAAGUUAUAACAUAGCGUAUAUACAUACAAUAAUAAGUGUGUAAGUUAAGUUAUG